AUCUCCAAUGGCUAUGUCCCACUCAUAUCCUCUGCAAGAAGCUCUCAAUAUUUUCCUGGCAUUCUUCCAUUUCUUUUUAACUGGAAAAGAAACUCCAAGCUAAUUCUAAUUUCUCUGAUUUAAGAUUUUCCAGAACAGAAAUAAAAAUGGCUGCAAUCAGUACACUCUCUUCUUCAUCUUCUUCUUCCUCCUUAUAUCCAAAUUUUCAGUCAUCCCCAUUAAUUUUCUCUUCCAAAUCUGUUCAAGACCUGAGUUCAUCUUUGUCCACUAUCAGAUCAAAAGGGUCUGUUAGGAGGAGAUCAUCCUCCCAGACAGUUUCAAGGAGCCUGAGAGUCCUGAGUGCAGCAACAAAACCUGCAAAGACACCAGCCGAAGAAGAAUGGAAGGUUAAGAGAGAGCUUCUACUGCAGAAAAAGGUAAGGAGUGUAGAUGUAAAGGAAGCUCUGCGCCUUCAGAAAGAAAAUAAUUUUGUGAUUCUCGACGUCCGGCCUGAAGCAGAAUUCAAAGAGGCUCAUCCACCAGGUGCUAUAAAUGUGCAAAUAUAUAGGCUUAUAAAGGAGUGGACAGCAUGGGACAUUGCAAGGAGAGCUGCAUUUGCAUUUUUUGGCAUCUUUGCAGGAACAGAAGAAAACCCGGAUUUUCUAGAGAUUGUAGAAUCAAAAAUAGAUAAGAAUGCAAAGAUAAUAGUUGCUUGCUCAUCUGGGGGUACAAUGAAACCAUCCCAAAAUCUACCUGAAGGUCAACAAUCAAGGUCACUGAUAGCAGCCUACCUUUUAGUUCUCAAUGGAUACACAAAUGUCUUCCACUUAGAAGGAGGUCUUUACACAUGGUUUAAAGAGGGGUUGCCUGCAGUUUCAGAAGAGUAAAGCAUCAUCAAUUUUAAAGAUGAUUCCUCCACAGUCUCGAGUUUUUCCCCCACUAAAGAUGAUUAGUGUACUGAGUAUGGACUCAAUGUUGGUCCAUAGAUUUGACGCAAUCUUUGGAUCAAGACCGAGUUUUGAUUCUCUUGAGAGGCUAGUCUCUCAUAGACUUGUAAAAUUUGAGAAGUAAAUUUUUAUCUAAAUAGAAUUGGAGUGCAUGUGAAA